AUGAUGGAGGUCCAAGGUCGAGCUGGGAAGCCAAGUCAGCAAGGCAAGGUCAGGUUAAGUCCUAACAAGCCUUACAGCCGCUCCCAGGGGAGCGUUUUACCGUUGGACUAUAUAGCUGCAGCGUCCCUCUUCACUAAACGGUGUAAUUCUUCUACGUACCUACCGCGUUGUCACGCCACGCGCAGACGAAGGCGACCAAAACGGCACCCGAGGGAGGACACAGAAGGGCCGGACGCUAAGCAACUGCUGCGGGUCUGCUCCGGCUCCGGGAAGACAAGCCGCCCCCCGACCCGCCCGGGAGCAAGACCACCGCUGUCGCCGGGCGAUGAAACGGGCGGCGAAGCGGGUGGGCGCCGCUGUGAGGAGGCGUUUCCGCGGGAUCCUUCUGGUGAUCCAUCACAACAGGAGGCAAAACAGAGGGAAGCAGAGAUAAGAAAUACUAUUUUAGCUCAAGUUCUAGAUCAAGCAGCUCGUGCAAGAUUAAGCAAUUUGGCACUUGUGAAACCAGAUAAAGCAAAAGCAGUGGAGAAUUAUCUGAUACAGAUGGCAAGAUUUGGCCAGCUACCUGGAAAGGUGUCAGAACAGGGUUUGAUAGAAAUACUUGAAAAAGUGAGUCAGCAAACAGAAAAGAAAACAACGGUAAAGUUCAACAGAAGAAAAGUACUGGAUUCUGAUGAAGAGGAUGAUUAUUAAAUACCCCGUAAGACUGUCUGCCAAACAAACUGCCUGGAAAAAAGGCAACAUACUGUAUCGGGCAGAAAGAAAGACCUGAAAAUGUUUACAUUUACUUCUUUUUUUUUUUUUUUAAUAAAGGCCAACAAAUGAACUUGUCCUGUAAAAUAAAUCUGAGAAGGGGAUUUUAUAACUUAAAUUUUUGUAGUAUCAGAGGCCUGAGCAGUGUGGGAUUUCCCCAUUGCUUCCUUAGCGUGAACGUUUUGUUACCCCUUUCUCAGUGUGUAAGCUAUGCUUUCAGCACAUGUGCACCCUUAACUUGCUGCUAUUGGAGAUAUCAUAACAUGACGAGUGAAAGUACAAAGUUGGGAACAACUAGGGUUUUAAAGACUUGCCUCUAAGUCUAAAUCACAGAAGUUCAUUUGGAAACAAGAUUUCCUGAGUCCAUGAAGGAAGCCUAUCCAGCAGCUCACUGGCUCCAAAGUCUUUACUGAAAAUUUAGAAAAUAAAGUGUUUUGGUUGGAGUUUGGACCGGAGGAUUUCUUAUUGGGCAAUCUGUGUAAAGAAAUUGCAGCCAGCAUUUAAUUGAACUGUUCCCCCAUGAAAUAAUCAAGCUAUCUCAAAACAAAGCAAGUUUAAGUGUGUAAUGCAGCACUGUUCAGACACUUGGUAUCGUAUGUUUGUUAAACUACCUCCAUUUUUAUCAAAUGGCUGGAGUGUUUCUGAUUUUGAAAAAAAAAGACUUAUCUCAACUAUCUGCAACUCUUGCAUGCAUCAAAUAAAACUGAACUUGUGCUAUGCCUUUAUUCAAAAAUAUGGUUAUGGAACUAUGUAGGAUAAAUACUGUAACAUUGUGUCAAUAAACAUUCUACCACCCAAGAACCCUUUUCUGACAUCACUUGAGAAGUGUGUAUGAUUCCAAAUGCCAUGUUUUGGGGACAGAAUAAAAUUGUUUAAAGCGAG